UAUUGCGAAUCAGUUGUUUGUCGGCAUCGUUUGCGAGCGGUUGUAUUGUGCAAAUCGGAACGGUACUCUUUUAUGGCGCGCAAUCGAAAACGUGUGUGUUAAUAACAAUUUGUGGCAAAAUAAUUAUAUAUUUAAGUAAUUACUUGAGUCGCUUAACGCAACCGGUUGACUGUCAAGACGGUGAAGUGUGAUCAUUUGACAAGGCAAUGUUGUGGAAAUACUAUUUCUUGUAGUGUUUAGUUUUGUUGGUAAUCCUUAUUAACCAAAACAUGUGUUAAAGUGUAUAUAUCACAUAUAAAAAAAGUUUUGGAAAUGUAAAUCAAAUACCAUUGCGUGAAAAAUACUUCCAACAACUACUUAUUAUAAUGAAUUUCCCGUGGACUGUAUAAACCAACCAAUGCUUUCAUAAAAAUGCUUUAAAAGCAAUAAAGCAACGCUUUAUUAUAAAUACUGAGCGAGUAGUCGCUUUCAAUGAGAUUACUUGUAAAUAAACAUCCGCGAUAAGAACAAACAAAUACCAUGCCGUCGAUACGCGCAGCUUGCUUUACAAAGGUAUUGAGGCAGCCAGCGGGCAGCUUAUUAUUCGUUUUGAUAUUUAUGUGCCAUAAAACUGAUUUCAGUUUAAUUGAAACAGCUGCCGAUGUGAUAACCGAUCCUAAAUUCAGUUUUCCAAUUGUAAAUGUAACAGCCUCUGUGGGGCGUGAAGCCUUUCUGACAUGCGUUGUACAGGAUUUGGGAUCGUUUAAGGUCGCGUGGCUGCGUGUAGAUACACAAACAAUUUUGACCAUACAAAAUCACGUGAUUACAAAAAAUCAACGCAUCGGCAUAACGAAUUCCGAACACAAAACGUGGACUAUGAAAAUCAAAGAUAUCAAGGAGAAUGAUAAAGGCUGGUAUAUGUGUCAAAUAAAUACGGAUCCAAUGAAAAGUCAAAUGGGCUAUCUGGAUGUGGUAGUCCCGCCGGAUAUCCUCGAUUAUCCCACCAGCACGGAUAUGGUUGUGCGCGAGGAUAGUAAUGUGACGCUCAAAUGUGCGGCAACGGGCUCACCAGAGCCGACAAUUACAUGGCGACGUGAAAAUGGAGUACCCAUUGAAUUGGCCAACGGCUCUGAGGUGCUGAGCGUUGAGGGUGUAACUUUGGUUCUGCCGCGUGUGAAACGUCAGCAUAUGGGUGCAUACUUAUGCAUAGCAUCGAAUGGUGUGCCGCCAUCGGUGAGCAAACGCAUAACGUUGAUUGUGCAUUUCCCGCCAAUGAUAACCGUGCAAAAUCAGCUGAUCGGUGCAGUGGAAAACAAAAAUGUAACUUUGGAAUGCCAAUCUGAAGCCUUUCCUAAGUCAAUUAAUUACUGGACGAGAGAGCGGGGCGACAUAGUGCCACCAGGUAGUGUCAAAUAUACGUCCGGCGUUACGGAAAUUGGCGAAUAUCGCAAUGCAAUGCAAUUGCAUAUCAGUGAUUUGACGCAAGCAGAGUUCGGCGCUUAUCGUUGUGUGGCGAAAAAUUCACUGGGCGACACCGAUGGCACCAUAAAAUUAUAUCGAAUACCACCGACUGCUGUGAAUUAUGUGGAGAACUCGGAAGGACGUUACAAAGGCAGCAACAAAAAACGCAUCAAGAGCUCGGAACUUUAUCACCAGUCGAAGGCGUCCGAAGGCGUGGACAUGGAGAAUCUCGGCAAACGAAAAGAUAUGAUGCUUGGCAACGAAUUGGAGGAUGGUUACUACGACUCAGCUGCUGCGGCUGUAACGCAUUGUCAACAACAUAAAUUGACAGUGACAACAAUGGCGUUGUUCACCAUGUUGUUACUGUUCAGAAAAGUUGCGGUACUGAUUGACGUCUGACAGUUGCUGAGCGCAGAGCUGCUGAUACACUGAUGACAUUGUGGUUGCGGUGGCGUAUGAGUAACUGUUAAGGCUAAAAGGAUUUACUGUUGGCUGCUUAUGAUUUGUAUGUGCUUGUAUGUAAAUAUUGCUGCAAUGAAUUUGUGCAAGUGUGUAAGUUGCGAGUAUUAAGUCGUUGCAAUGCUGCAAGUUAAAAUUAUGGAGCAAAAAUUGUAGAGCGCAUAAGGAGCUUAGCUUUUGGAUAAGCAAAUGUAUAUAUGGUAAAGAUAUUGCAAAUUUUUCAGUUUUAUUGGUAAUUUAUGGUAAGUGAAGCCAAUGAAAGUUAUAAAAUAAAUAAGAAAUGAAAUUUAACAAAUAUAUAUUUGAAAUAAGGCAAAAAAAAUUAUAUGAUAAAAUAGUUAUUAGGUUGAGUUUAGAACUAUUUUUUUUUUUAAAUUUGAAAUUCUUGUAAAUAAAUAUAUAAAUAAAAUAAGUGGAAAGAUAUUUAACUAUAUGUAAGGUGAACAUAUAAAAUAAUGCUUCCUCAUACAAAAAUAUGAUAGAAUAUGAUUUCCGAUAUAUAUUUGUAUAAUAUAUACAUAUGUAUACUGGAAAUGGUGAAUUGAAAAAAAAAUUAUUGUUUUUUUUUAUAAGUUAAAUAUUAUUUUUAUAAAUUUAUAAUCAAAAUUCUAUAAAUGAAAUUAAAGUGAAUGUACGGGGUUCGCCAAGUUGAUUUCCAAACUCCCUUAAGUUACAGUUUUUCGUUAUAAAAUUAUCCUAUGUGAACAAGGUCAUUAUUUUCAAUUUGAACCUUGCCUAAACCAUAUCCACUUUACCGUUUAAGUGUAAAACAUAUGAUUUUUUCGUUUUUUUUUUAAUUUUUUAUUUUGGACUACACAACUUUUUACGCGGUUAUAGCCGGGUUAACAACGGCAUCUUUACUUCUUUUUGUUAUUUGGCGCCAAUUCAAGAUACCAAGGGCAGCAAAGUCCUUCUCCACCUGAUCUCUCCAACGCAGUGGUGGUCUGCUUCCUUUGGCGGAUACUGGUUAGAAAGCCUUCAAGGUUAAGGUAUACUAUUCCAUCAGGACAACAUGACCUUAGCACGCCUCAACUGCUUAUAGAAGGCAUUGUCCUUCUCUUCCGUCUGCGUCUUUUUUCACCCACGAAUCCCACACCGAAUUUUCGCUUUUUUAAAUGACCACUGUGGUAAAUGCCACAAGGACAUACUCGUCUCUGUCCUUGUCCCGCCCAAUGCAUUUCUUGGACGGCAGUGAUGUCACGGAUUGGCUACCGCAUCUAACAUAAAGAUUGUCUAAGUUUCCAAGGUUCCCGGCGAAAACGCAAGAUUAGAAAUUGGGUAUAGUCAACUACUGUAACUGCAUACCUAGAAGCAUGACGACACCACAUUACCGCUCAUUAUAUCCUAAAUUACAGCUUUCGAAAAACAAUAUUCCAAUACAAAAUUUUCCGCUCUACAAAAAAAUCUUAAUUAUUUUAAUUAUUACUUCAUGAGAGUGAUAAGAGAUUUAAGUCUCCUCUGAUGGACGCCUAAGCUGCCCUAGAUGUCUCAGUUUUGUCAUGAUUGAAGCUGCCAUUUCGCUGACAGCUUUCCAGUUCUCAGUGCGCAAUACAAAAAUACAUGCUCAGAGUCAUCAGAGCACUCUGAACACAAAGAAUUCGGACUAAUGUCAUGCUGGAAUCUGUACACGGAGCUUCUUCAGCAGCCAGGUCUGCCUAGUAUUUUGGUUGGAUGGAACUGCAGGUAGCCAUCUCGUCACGAGUCAAUGUCCGGUAUCAGUAUGUGGGUCCACCGUCCUUUGAGUGAGAUUUGCCACCGCUAUUGCCAUAUUGUCAAGAUUUGGCUCUCUCUUUUCUUUUGGCUCCUAUAGAUGCUUGUGAUAAUUUAUAUACCCGCUCAUAUUCGUCACCCUGCAUGUCAAGGGGUAUCAUACUGGCUAUUACUUCAGCAGCAUCACUUGAUAUUAUUCGGAAACCACUGCUUUAUGUAGGAAAGAAAGAGUAUUUGUAUACAUUUUAAUGCCAACAAGUAAAGUUUUAACACUCAACAUUAUAAAACUUAUUUUACUCCCAAAAAAGAAUUCACUAGAAUAUUACAGAUAUACUAUUUUAUAUUUGAGGAAGAAAAAAAACUGUAAAAUAACAAAAGAGAUUCUUCUUAAAUUGAAAAAAAAAAAUUGUUAAAAAUAUAAAAUCCGCACUAGUUUAUUUCAUUUGGUUUAAAACCACGCUAUGGUAUUUUUUCUCUCUCUCUCCUUUUCGCUUAUUCGUGAGCAUACCUAUGACACACACAUAUAUAUAUUUAGGAAAGGUGUGCGCCUUAGCUUAGUACAUUUGAAGAGAAAGUAUGGUUCAAUGCCGCGCUAAGGUAGUUAAGGUUAAGGUUUCAACCUACUAUGACUUCUUUUUUAACUGUUGCCUUUCUCAAAAGCUGGUGGAGUAUGGAAAUAUGUGUUUGAGCAUCACUCGCAAGAGAAGGUAUCAAACUGCAGAGAUUUUAAAGGAUUUUUGA